CUCACCCAUUUGUUCAUUCAAAUGGCUACUGAGUGUAAGCAUUAAGCAGGGCAGGAUUUGCAAGAUUAAGGAUGGCAGGUACUAAAACAGAAAAGUUCCAGUUACACGUCCCUAAUCUGGAGGAACUGUGUAAGGUGCUGGAAAAAGGACUGAAGAAGAACUUUGAAGAUGUCAGAGUGUGUGUGAGUGAGUGUCCAGAUCUCACACAGGACCCCUUCAACUUUCCUGUCAAAGGACUAUGUGGUAACCCUCGCAUUACUGAUGUAGGUGGUGUCCCCUACUUGGUCCCACUGGUUCAAGUGGACAAGGUGUAUAACAUGAACACUAUAGCCAAGGAGUUGGAUCUGCCUGGGGCAUUUGUUCUCGGUGCUGGUGCCGUGUCAUCAAAGACCGUUGGGAUGAACGCAGAGCUGAUGCCUCUGGUGUUGACGGAGCAUGAAGGCAAACCUGCUGUCAAUGCCAGCUAUUUCGCCUCCAUCAACCCAGCAGAUGGGAAAUGCCUGCAGGAGAAAUACAGCGACAGAUUCUGCGACUGUGACUUUGGGCUUCUGGCAAACCUGUAUGCAUGUGAGGGUCAGCCUGGGAAGGUCAUGGAGGUCAGAGCCAGCAGGAGGACGGGACAGGACAGUCUCGUGGGCUGUAUGAGGAAGACUAUGGAGGAACACUAUGGUGAUAAAAGUAUUGCACUUGGAGGGACUUUCAUCCUCCAGAAAGGGAAGGCAAAGAUCCACAUCAUGCCACGAGAGUUUUCCUCAUGCCCACUGAAUACUAACGAUGAAGUAAACAACUGGCUGAAACAUUUUGAAGUCAGCGCUCCUCUCAUCUGCCAGUCUGUAAUGGUUUCCAAAGAUCCCGGUUUGGAUCUGAGAGUGGAACAUACCCAUGGCUUCAGUCAUCAUGGUGAAGGAGGUCAUUACUACAUAGACACCACACCAAGCACAGUGGAAUACCUGGGAUACUUUCUACCUGCGGAGUUUGUUUAUCGCAUUGACCGGCCAGUGGAGACCCACAAUGUUGGCAGAGACUAACUUUGAUGUGAAUUAUUGUUCUUGUAUAACUGCUGACACAAAAUAAUUCACACAAAAUUGGUUCUGUUUAUCUUCUGUAUGCUAGCCAACAUUUGAAAGAUGUGGAAUAAAGCUGUUAGCCAUUCUUAGCAAAUGUUUCAC